AUGACAGUAGCAUUUUUUGUGUUGUACGCUGCUGACAGCAUGGCUGAGUGUGUAGAGAAUGCAGCUGUGGUUGUGUGCUUUUUAUCACAAAAGUAUCAAGACUCAGAAAAUUGUAAAAAGGAGUUGCAAUAUGCUGGAAGUAAACAUAUUUCGAUGAUACCAGUGUAUACUCAACGUGGUUGGAAACCAUCUGAAUGGCUAGGUCUGAUCACUGCCGGAGAACUAUGGAUCGAUUUCCGUGACAUUAAUAAUAAAAAAUCUAAAGAAUCUGCUGAAAAACUUUAUCAACAAAUACAAGUAGUCCAAGCAACAGAAGGAUCCGUCGUUGGUACGAUACCGACCACUACUGAUGCUGUUUCUAUUUCCGAUCUUACAAUACAUGAUCAAAAACUGAUUCCCUCAAAGAAGCCUGAGCCAAUAUCCUUACCAACACAAGGAUCGCAAUCAGGAAAUCGUGAUAUACUGGAUUAUGUACGUGAAACUGGCAAUUUACCACUAGCUUAUUACGAUGCGCAGUUAACAAAUACUGAUAAAACGGUAGCUGGUGUUCUCGACGAUGCUAUAACAGGAAUUCUCCGGGAAGGUGCGACGCUUGACAAAUCCUCUGAAGCCGAAUGGUUAACAAAGGAAUUACUGAACUUGAGAAAAUACGGAAUAAAGGAAAAUGUAAGCAAACAUCUGAAACUACGGUACGAACUCGCAGAAAUGUGUAUUUACAUUUACUCGAAGUCAUCGUUUUUGCCUGGAUUGAUGACACAAGUUUUAAAUAGUCCUCAGUCUAUAACCAGUGAACAGGCAAACUCGCUUGGUCCAUUCUCUUGGCUGCUCUAUCGUGCACUGAGACAAUUGAAAACAACUAAUAUACCAACGGUCUAUAAAGAUCUAGAGCUCACAGACGAAGAACGGAAAGAUUAUGUGAAAGAAGAAGUAAAAUUCACUGCUUUUACUGAAGCGUAUAAGCAACGGAGAGAUAGUGAAUGCGUUGGCAAUACUUUAUUAAUUAUUGAUCUAAACGUAAAAAGCAACUCUUUUAAAGAUCAAAACGUUUGUUGCGGUGCGGAUAUGCCUGGUUAUUCAAAUUUAUCAAUGUCCUUUCAUAUGUGGCCUGGAGUUAAAUUUCAUUUUUCCAAAUAUGAAUAUGAUGCUGAUAAACAGAAACAUAUUAUCUAUCUUAAAUCAUCAGCCGAAAACUAUUAA